AUGACUCUGCAUAUGACCCUUUCCCUUCAUGAGAAUCACGGAUCAGAAACCAGAGGCGGAUCUGCCGGGAAACACUUGGACUGUGGACAGAAGGGAGGCCCCACUCACACGACCUCGUGUGAAAGCAGGAUUACCUCAUCUGAGCUAUGAAUAGAGAUGUUCACACAGGUUAUGGAGGAGAACAACGGCGUUUUCUACCAGUCCGAGUUAUAAUUCACGCAUAGAAAGCCUUUGGGUUUUUAUGCAGAUCCUUAACAUGAUAGACAGAAUAAUGUCUGCCAGCUAACAGUUAUGAAGUCGACACAUAUACUUAGAUUAUUUUGGCUACUUGGCGAAAAUAUGUCGUCAUAAGAAUGUCAUUGAAUUAAGUGUGAUAUGAUAAAAAUAGGCCGUGCCGCAGUAGCGCUGCAGUUAGAGGCUCCACGCCGGAUGUGCCUUAUAUGGGCAAGACACGCUUCUCUCUGAUUGGCUGCCCACAUCAGCGACAGGGUUGUUGCUGGAGCCCUCUGAGUAGGAGAUCCAUCAAUGUAAUUGAAAAGGGAUACGAAAAAUCACCGUUUUUAAUAGAAAGGGCGCGAUAGGAGUAUCACAACAAUUAUUUAAUUGUUUAAUUCUCAUCCUUUGGCAUACAUUAUUGUUGAAUAACGCUUGAUGAUGUCAAAUACAGUAUGCAUCUUUGUUGAUUAUUUCUCUCAGUUAUAGGCUAUGCCUCGUGAAGCAAUCAUGCACGUGCAGAUGAACCAUCUUUAAGAUAUCUCUAUAAUAUGCAUAAAUCGCAACCUCCCGCAGGAAUCCAAAAGACAGACUGCAAACAAGGCACGUAAAAUGACGUAUCCUGUUCAUUCAUGUGAAAGCUGCAACGUUAUAAUUAAAGAAAAUAACCUCGGUUUGCGCAUUGGACGCUUUAUUUGAAUGCCUAAAAUGUUGAAACAAAGCGAGAAUUGUUUUGAAUCGGGUACAUCUGUGAAAUACCGUAUAUAUAUUUGGCUCGUGCUUAACUGUCUCCCCUCCGGAUCAGUGGUACAGUCUCACAAAUUUCAUUCAUAAAAAUCUGCCUCACUAUAAAGAGAAGCAGCGUUGAUGGCUGGUGCCUCCUAGCGUAGUAACCUCAAUCUAGAUUUUAAAAACCCCUGCAGAAUAGCAUUCGGUGACAUUAGGCACAUAGCACAUAUUAGUCUGGUUCCCAGCAUCUCCUGGAGCGAUCUAGCAGAAGUGAUGCCUAAAAACGCGAGUGUUUCUAAGGUGUCUGCAAAACAGCUGCUGCACACACCAGCUUCUGAGAUGAAGGAUACGCAGAAGACAGGUAUUCUGAAGGAUGCUGAUGCUGUCUUUGUUCCAACGGUCACUGCUGUAGCUUCAGCUCCAGAUCUCAAGUGGAUGGUCCUGUCGACUGACAUCUCCUCAGUGUCGCCCUGCAGGCGUGAGAAACCACAGAGCUCGUCUCACUCCACAGAUGCCAAACCAGCUCAAAAGACCUUCACCGGCCGGAGGAAGGGGAUGAAAGAUCAGCUUUCUCCAGAGGAAGAGGAGAGAAAGAGGAUCAGAAGAGAAAGGAAUAAACUCGCAGCUGCCAAGUGUCGAAAUCGCAGACGAGAACUAACCAACAGCCUCCAAGCUGAAACUGAUAGUCUUGAGGAGGACAAAGCAGCUCUGCAGUCUGAGAUUGCCAGUCUGUUAAAAGAGAAAGAACGACUUGAACUCAUCCUCUCUGCUCACAAGCCCACUUGUAAACUCAUGGAGGAAACAACGGCAGAGAGUGAGGAACAAACCCGAGCUCAGGAGGAGGAGAUUCAAGCUCCUAAUGUCUGCCCAGAACAGGCACCCACCUCCCCUCAACAGGCCGAUCCCACCAGCACUGCGAUCUUUGGCGACUCCGACGUCCUUCUGUGUUCCAGUGCCGAACUGGGCACUGCUGAGGUGGAACCAUACAUCGAUAUGCGAGAUAUGUCCAUGGAAGACAUUAGCGACGUGAUUGACAGCAGCGAUGACAUGGAUCUGUUAGUGCCAGAUAUAGACCUUACUAGCUCUCUUGGUCUAAGCGAAUGGGAAACUCUUUACAUGUCAAUGGGUGGCGGGUUGGAACCUCUCAGCUCGCCUGCAUGCAGCCCCACCUGUAGCAACACCAACACCGUGCCCGUCUUCAGCUUCAACAGUGAAGAUGUGGAAAAGCAUGACGGUGGAAAAGAGGGCAAACCUAAUGGAGCCAAAGAACUCUUGACAACUUUAUGAAGCUUCUGGCACAUUGUUCUUAUAAAGGUUCAAAAAUGGGGUUUUCACAGUGAUGUCUAGGUACUUUAUUGGCAUUUAUGGUUCAAUGAAGAAUUGUACAAACAGUCUUCAUAGUGGAAAAUUGUUCUUCACAUCAAGAUCUUUUAAAAACUGUUUAAUAAAAAAUAAUUAUUCUCAGGCAUUGCUGUGGAACCCCACUUUUGGAUCCUCUAAAAAGUGCUGAAUAACCUUUCAGUGAACAGUUCUUUAAAAAGGAUGUUCUUUGUUGGCAUCUAAGGUUCCAUGAAGAACCUUUAAAAUCCAUGGAACAUUUCCAUUGCACAAAAGGUUCUUUAUAGAGGGAAAGGGUUCUUUAGAGUAAUAAAACAUUCUUCACACUAAAAAACAAUGGUUCUUUUAACAGCUGUUUGUUGAAAAGUUCAACAUGCUUCUAUGGAAUCUCUUUGAAAAAAACCUUUUGGAACGUUUAUAUUUUGGGUUCCCCAAAGAAAGUUAGUUUUUUUUAGUUAGUGUGAAAAGAAUUAUAAUAUUUACGGCAAUAAAGAACUUUUUGUGGAAUUUUGUGGAAAGGAUGGAUGUUAAACAUUCUUUAUGGAACUAUCUAGAAUGAAAUAAUCUGAGAAAGAAGGGUGUAUUGUAAAAUGAAAAGCCCUCAUAAUAAUGCUUUCAUAAAUGAGUCUGACAUGUUCAAAAUCUACAAAAAAAUAUUGUGAAUGCUGUGCAGUAGAUGUAAUGUGACCUUUACAUCCAGUGAAGUCACUAUAGUCACUAUUUGUUUCUUCCAGAUGUUGACAUUGUUGAAUAUGUUGUUCAUCCUGUGAAAGACAUGCUUUCAUGCACUUUUUUACCAGUAUAGGUACACGUAACUGUAUCAGUUGGUGUGGUAAUGUAUAAGUGCAGUCUGUUACACAGUGUCUUUAGUGUGUGACUGUUUUU